AUGUCAACUAACCCAUUCAAAGAAAACAUGAUAUGUGACCUUGGCACUAUCAAAGCUCAAUCUCAGCUCCCCAUCUCGAUGUCAACCCCCAUCACCUGCGAGAGUCAGACGGCGGCCAACACGAAACUAACCAGACCUCGCCGCCGCAGCAGAUCGAAUGUUGUCACGGGGCCUCCCAAGAGCCUUUGUCUACCCCGCUUGUGUGGUCUUGAAAACAUUGCAUCCGUCUUGAUCGUAAGGCAGGAGUCGCCGUGGGAUACCUAUCGGAAAGUCAUUACGUAUGAGAUCGCUGGCAAAGUUACAAUUGCCACACGCCGCACCCGUCCAUUCGGACGUCUUGAACACACGAACGUUCUCUCCUUACAUGAAUGCUACAUGCACGAAGAUCUUGCAUUCUUCUUGGUUGACGACUUGCCGCUGACUCUCGCGCAUGUUGUUGCUUUUCCAUCUGUUUAUCCCAGCGAGGCAGAAUUGGGAUCGAUUAUAUGCCAGAUCCUCGACGGUGUCCGCUGUUUAGCUUUAUCUGGUCUUGCGCAUCAAUCUCUGGCCUGUGACGAUAUAUUACUUGGUAUUGACGGGAUCAUCAAGAUAGCGUGUUUGGACCUUUGUGUAGAUUGUACACCAGAUCAAUCCGAAGCCGCAUAUAUUGCGGCCCUUCCGUUGAUUACGAUGCGGCUCAUGCAGAAAUGUGACAAAGAUGAAGGCGUUGUUGGCGUGAAUGAUUUGGAGCGAUGGCCAAUCGAUUCCGCUGCUGUGGGAUUUCUGUCCGCUACCGAGACGGCAGGAUCAAUCAAGUCUCUGAGACAUCAACCCCUGUUGGCGGGGAAGCACCGCCCAAGCGAUGAUCUGGUCGUUCUCGCAAGAGCAGCUCUGCUCUCCAGUAGUUUGAAUUUCGUUUACAACCCCGAAUUAAAAAGUGCUAAGGGACAAAGAUAUGGUGCACAACUCUCAGAUCUUCGCAAAUUCUCGUCAUGGUCGUACGACUUCACCAAUAUGCAACAUUCCACGCGUCUCCUACAGUUCUCUUGCUACAUAUUAGGGUAUUUUGUUUCUUCCGCGACAUAA